UUUGAUUUAGGGUUUUUCUCUUCCGCAUACGUUUCUGAAUCUUCUAAACCCACCGCCACCGGGAGUUGUUGGCACAAGGCGUGGCGUGGGCGGAAUAAGAGUUCAAACAGCAUCAGUGAUUGAAGUACUGUUCUAGUCUGGAGGCACAAUGAGAUUGGAGAAAUGCUGGUUUUGUUCUUCAACCGUAUACCCUGGACAUGGAAUCCAGUUCGUUCGGAAUGAUGCUAAGAUUUUUCGGUUUUGUAGAUCUAAAUGCCACAAGAACUUUAAAAUGAAGAGGAAUCCUCGUAAAGUAAAAUGGACCAAGGCAUAUCGGCGAGUGCAUGGAAAGGAUAUGACACAGGAUUCAACCUUUGAGUUUGAGAGAAAGCGAAACAGGCCCGAAAGAUAUGACAGGAAUCUUGCGGAGAAUGUCCUCAAGGCCAUUCCUAAGAUUGAUAAGAUCAGAGUCAGCAGGGAGGAGAAACACCAUAAGAAUAGGAUGAAAGGCAAAAAGGAAAAGCUGCAGAGGGAGGCAGCGAGGGAGUUGGAACAGGGUAUCAGUAUGGUCAAAGCUCCUUCUGUGCUUCAACAGGAUUCAUCUCUCACUUUACCAAAGAUCAAAGUCAAGGUUUCCCAAAAGCAAUCAGAGGAGAAUCCUCGCAUGGAAGAGUGAUUAAUCUAUCAACGCUGCACUUUAUUUUUUUUUGCCGGUUUAUAAUAUUUGUUGCUAGAUUAAUUACCUGUAAGGUCCAAAUUACCAGUUGCCUUGUGAUCAUCAACGUGAACGAUGUGAUUUUCAAACAAAUUUUUUGGGUAAACGUUUGUUGUGUCAUCUCAUUCUCCUUGGACGUGGCAUAUUCUGUGAGGUGAUUGUUGUACAACCAAAAAACUUGAGAAUGUGAUCAUUUUAUGAUUGGAA